AUGAUCCCUUCUUCCCCUUCCAAAAUACUCAUAGGCCUCUCUUUUAACCCAGAAGACAGCAAAGAAGCUCUCUCAUGGGCAAUCACAGCUAUAGCCCGUCCAAAUGACACCAUUGUUGCCCUGCAUAUUCUUGUUGGAAAGGACAAGAAGAAGAACUUGGCAAAGAAAAAGCAGUCGAAAUUUCGCCAGGCAAAAGCCUACGUUAUAUCUGUUCUUGGAGAAUUCGCCCAGACCUGCCAGUCUAAGCAGGUAAAUUUGGAAGCUAGAGUGGGGUUCGGCUCUAGUGUAGGAAAGGGUUUGAUUGAGGAAGUGAAAUCCACUUCAGCAGACUUUCUUCUUCUUCGGGGCUCAAGAAACCGAAAAAAUAGGACUUCACGUGAUAUUACAAGGUAUUGCUUCGAGCAUGUCCCUGAAAGCUGUACGUUUGUUUCAAUUGGAAAAUCUGGGAGAGCAGAGGUGUAUUCAGAGUCAAAUUGUCCUCAUUCUGAAGAAACAUGUCAAUCGAGCUCAAGGUGGUCAAACAGGGCAGCCUCCCCUGUUCCAAAGCCUUCACCAAGAACAACAAUAGACGAUGAAGAAGUUGGAGGAGAAUCUCAGAGCACAGAAGAUGAUAGUUGUAGCUCUGGCGACACAAGCAUCCCUGAGUCUCCUCCUCUGGCAUCCAAGACAAGGAAGCAGCCGUCGCCAUGCAGACAGCUCAUUGCAUCCCUCUUUGGUUCUCCAAUGAAAAGAAAAGGCAGCUCCUCCCACGAAGGAAGACAGCAGCCUUUAUUGAAGUGCUUCAGCUAUGAGAAAAUCUCCAAUGCCACUAACAACUUCCAUCCAGAUAAUAUAAUAGGCCGGGGAGGAUAUUCAGAGGUAUAUAGAGGUGAUCUUUCUGGUGGGAGAAGCAUCGCAGUGAAGAGAUUGGCCAGGGACAACAAGGAUGCUAAUAAGGAGAAAGAGUUCCUCAUGGAAUUGGGCAUAAUUGGACACGUCUCCCAUCCCAACACAGCUAAAUUAGUUGGCUGCUGCUUUGAAAAUGGACUCUACCUUAUUUUCAAUCUCUCCCAAAAUGGAAAUCUUGCAUCUGCAUUGCAUGGAAAAACAUGCAGGUGGCUUGAGUGGCCAAUUAGAUACAGGAUUGCAAUUGGUGUAGCAAGGGGCCUGCAUUAUCUUCAUAAAUGUUGUAAGCACAGAAUCAUACAUCGUGACAUAAAGGCCUCAAAUGUCCUCCUUGGCCCAGAUUAUGAACCACAGAUUACUGACUUUGGGCUUGCAAAGUGGCUUCCAAACAAAUGGAGCCACCACGCUGUGCUUCCGAUCGAGGGGACAUUCGGAUACUUAGCACCCGAGUAUUUCAUGCAUGGAAUCGUUGACGAAAAGACUGAUGUUUUUGCAUUUGGGGUCCUUCUUUUGGAGAUCAUUACUGGUCGGAGGCCCGUUGAUUCUUCCAAGCAAAACCUUCUCCUCUGGGCGAAGCCUCUAAUGGAAUCAGGAAAGCUUGGGCAACUAGCUGAUCCAAAACUGCAAGGCAAAUAUGAUUCGGAACAGUUGCACACACUAGUGCUCACGGCUUCUUACUGUGUCAGACAAUCCUCUGUUUGGCGUCCAUCAAUGACCGAGGUAUUGGAGCUUCUAACAAGUGGGCAAGACACAGAGGUUGCAGAGAGUUGGAGGAUACCCAAGUUCACCUCUGAUGAGCUGGACGAUUACUCCAUGGUUUUUGGAUAUGAUGUUCCAACUAAUAUUUCACUCGAGGAUUAUUUGUGA